ACCAGAAAAUGAAACUGAAAGAAGGUCACUUAUGAAUAUGGCUUCGAACUAUCAAGAGGGAUCGGAUGAAGGCAGCAACUCACAAUCUAGUGAGAGUUGCUCAGAUUUCAGUGACAGUGACACAGAUUCUCAGGCAUCCAGCGAAUCUGGAUCUGACUCUGAAGAAGCUCCACAAACAUCUAGCAAGCCGAAUGUCUGUAUGCAUUACAAUCGUGGUAAGUGCCGUUAUGGGGACAAGUGUAGGAACAAGCACAUAUGCAAGGACUUCUUGAAUGGUUCGUGCAAGUAUGGUGCCGGGUGUCGCCUCAACCACAACCGCCAGAGCUCAUCGUCAAGACAAGGCAGACGAAGAAGCAGCCCCUCAUCUGCAGAGACUAAUGAAGAAUUUGACGGGCCGUACAGAUGGCAGUUGAAAAUUGGAAAGGGCUGGGAGAACAUUGCCAAUGAUCACAUUCUAGAAGCCCAGUAUUCACUCCCUAACACUAAAGGAAUCAAGAUCUAUAACACACGAGCUGGAGCUAUUUCAAUUGAUUUCACUAAAAUGAGAGUUCUUCAGAAAACAAAUAUUAAAGUGCGGCGUAUGAGCUCAAGAGAUACAGAAUGGCUGUGGUAUUACAGAGGUGACCAGAGCUGGUGUCAGUAUGGAGAGAAGGGCAAAGCCAGUCCAAUUCAGAGCUCACAGCUGGAGGCGGCGUAUCAAAACAACCGCCGUGGCUCAGUCAAGUUCACCAUUGACUCUACCCAGUAUGAGAUUAGCUUUAAAGAUAUGUGUCAGAGAAAUUUAUCUACAGGCCGUAAGAGGCGGGUUAGACGACGCCCUAAAUAUGUACCAUCUGAAGGAGAAGGAUUACGUGGAAUAGCCUCCCAGUUAAAAAGCAUUUUGAGCCCUCCAACAAACUCCAACAAUAAAACUCCAGAAUGGCAGUUUAAAGGGAGAAAUGGGGAGAAGUGGUACACCUUCAAGAACAGGGGUGGCUGUUCAGUCUCAAGUGCUGACAUUGAAAAAUUUUACCAACAAAACCAAGCAACCAUGACUUUCACUGUGAAUAAUGACACUUACACACUGGAUUUCGCAAAGAUGUGUCAAAUCAACCAGAGAACAAAUGCUGAACGCAAGAUCAGGCGUGUAUGAAAGUCAUAAAGGUGCUCAAGGUCUUGCAGAAGAUGUUGGCGAAUUUGGAGUGGAACAAAACGUUAUUUAGUGAUUUUGGCUAACUUUAAUGUUAGUGAUUAUGAUUUUGAAGGUUUAGUCAGGAAUGAUUGGGAUGCGGGAAACAGAAAUGAAAUGAAAUAGUUUUAAAUGCUGCUUUUUCACAUCAACUUGAAGACAAGCGUAAAACAUGUCUUAAGCAACGUGAAGCAUAUAGUUUCCUUUCUGUUUAUUUUAAAGCAUUAUAUAUUUUAAACUGCUAUCAUUUUUUGACUAUUGUAUAAUUACUCUUUACCAAUGUGCCAUAGCAAAACAGGCAUUAUACUGCAAAAAAAAAAUAAAAAUAGUGCCUGUUGGUAACUGCCUGAGAACCAAUGUUUACACACUGAAACAGAUUCAUUUUCCAUCUUUAGUAUUUUUAUACUCACAGAUAUGCUCGAAGGAAAUCAGAUGUGGUCAAAAAAAUCAGGGAUACACAGUAAUACAGCAAUUUGUUGAGUCAACUAAAAAUAAUUUGUAACCUGGCUGCCUUAAAAUUUUAAGUUCAGUCAACUCAAAAAAAGUUUAUUCAACUUGAGUCUCAAAUACUAAAAAAUGCUCUUUUCUUGAAAACGACAUAAAAACCCUUGUCAGACCAACAAAAUUGCCCCAAAUGUUGUCCCAACUACUCUGUAAAAAACAAUUUGUUGAGAAAAUUUUAAGUUCAGUCAACUCAAAAAAAAGUUUAUUCAACUUGAAAUGUUAAAUUAUACUAAGUGACAACUUAGAUAUUUGAAUUGAAUCAACUUAAAAUCUUAAGGCAGCUGGGUUACUUACCCAUCUGUUAAGUUUAGCAAACACAAAUAUCUAAGUUGUUACUUAGUACAACUUAACAUUUCAAGUUGACUAAACUUAUUUUAGUUGACUGAACUUAAAAUUUUAAGGCAGCAGGGUAACAAAUUGUUUUAAGCUGACUCAACAAAUUGUGUUUUUUUUAUUUUUUACAGUGAAAUGACUAAAUUAUGACAUUAUGAUCAAUACUUUGGGUUAACCUGUUAUUAAUGGGAUUUUUUAUUACAAAUUUGACUGUUUACUUAGAGGUCAUGACAGUAGUAAUGAUAUGGAUUUAUGUGUAAUAACUGAUAAAAAAUAAAAUUAUAAAAUGACAA